AUGACGUCCUUGUAUCCAGAUGAAAGCCACUGCACAAAUGAAUUGGGACGACUUCUUUUCCAUCCGAAGGUACGUGAAAAACGUCUUCCGAUCCGAUUGAUCGACAGAAUAGUUGUGACAGUUUUUUGCAACAAAUUGAGUCAUUCCAGUCGGAUUGGUCAGCCAAGGCAGAGGUUACAUCUUGUGAGGAGGUCAAGCAAUUGGCUGGAAGUUAUACCGUUUACACGAUAAGUUUCGAGGUGAGCUCGAUUUUUAAUAUUGGAAUGAUAGCCUUCUGAUAGGUUAUUCGUGCACUUCUGUCAAGGAAAAAUUGAGAAAAAUAUUCUCAAAGGUUGAAUUUUUUCUGAAAACUUUAUGGCUGUAAAAUUGUGACAUGGUUAUGAAAGAUUUAGGAAAUCUUUCACAAAAGUCUUGAAAAGAGAAAAGAAAAAUAUAGAUUAACCUUAGUUCAAAAAAUGUUUCGUAGUCUACCAAAUUUUAUCAGCUGGGUUUGAAGAAAAACCAAAAACCAAACCUUUUAAGAACGAGGGUUUCACAGUUUUUUUCUAUUUGGAUUUUUUUUUCUUUUGAGCGGGAUAACUUAUUGAAAGAGUGAAAACGACUAUUUACCCAAUAAAACGAAGCAUUGGAAAAAGUUGAUAUCGAAAAAACUUGAGGUUGUUCCUCACGAUUGUUUGGAUCAACCGACUCGCUCCUUCUCUCUGUCCACGAGGUUCAAAGAACUCAGCAAGCUCCACGCGGCCCUGGCAAAGCUUCACAAGCAGGUGAAACAUCACGAUUUGCCGGAAAGAGAACAGAAAAAGUUCUUCAAAAAUUGAUGUAGCGAGAAAUAAAAUUAGCAUUAUUCUCUUUAAAAUACUUUCCGGAUUUUUUGAUGGUACAAAAUUGAGAUUAGCCUCCGAUUGACACUGCAAAAGGCUUUUUGCCUCGAUAAGUACAUUAUUUUGUUGUUAAUCAACUAUUUCAUUUUUUAUGGACGAUUUUUUCGGUAUUUUUGAAAUGGAAUAAUUUCUCGAUGAAAGUUCCCUUUUAGUUGUACCUCCGAGGAGUCUUCCCGAGCUAUCCACCUCCCAAACUGCUCGGAUCCAACGAGCCGGCGGUGGUCGAGGAGCGACGUGCCUCCACAGACCAGUUCUUAGCUUUUGUGCUCGACAGCGAAGUCCUGCGCAAGGCCCGCGUCUUCCACGAGUUCCUCGACGUGAGACUCCAACUUUAUCCCUUUAUGAAGUGACUCUCAAUGAAAUCCGUGGUCGAAGUUUCUAUCAACGAUGGAAAAAAAAUUAGCUUUGCAGGAGAAUGAACUGUUCAAAAAUUGAAAUUUUAGUUUUCCAGAGGGAAUAUUUAACAUAGGUGGGCGAGGUUCCACGGAAAAUACUUCCAAACUCUAUUUUUGAAUAAGCUAUCAUUACUUUCGAGAUUGCAAUUGUAGCUAGUCUAGAAAAUCUGAGGAAAGACAAAAAAGUUUUUUUUCAUGUGAAGUUGUGCCUAAGAGAUUUCUCCAUUUAUCAUAGGCUCUUCAGUUUUAUUUUUUGUAUACAUUUUGCCCUUUCAGAAGGCCAAAGAAUGCGCUUUGACCGUCCGCGCGGCUUCUCCAGACGCUUUCCUCUACGAAAAUUCCUCGAGCAUCCUUGACGCGCCGAUUUCUUUCUCGUAAGUCCCGAAAUCUCCAAUAUGCUUCAUAGUAAAUAAUUUUUUUCUUGAAAAAAAAACCCCCCGAAAACUGUAAUAAAUCUGAUGGGAAUUGUUUAGGCAAAGCCGCAGUCAAGAUUCUCAAUCUCCGCCGAUUUCUCCGUCGACCGGAAUGUCCCAAGUCAGUAGGAGAUCCUAACUUUCGUUUCAUGACCGGAUAGGUAUAAAAAUCUGGAAAAGUUUCCUUUCUUCCGUUUAAUUUAAGUUGUUUGUUGGUUGUGAUUUUUGUGUUUGCUCAAUUUUCCUCUUGCAUUAUCACCAUAUCACUUUUCGCCAUUUAAAAUAAAGAUUUUAUUGGAUAUUUCUUUCGUUUGUGACAGCAGAAAAACGUUUGAAAAUUGCAGCCGAUCGACGUUGAUCAGGGCAGUUUCGACGCAUCUUCUACUGCCGCCGGCGACUUCCAGUUUCCUGAUGUCGCAAUCGGUAACUUUCGGAUGAAAAUUGAAGUUCAAAGAGCCCUCUGCAGCAUACGUGGGCUGCCACCCAGCCCAGCCUUUUGCGCGCAAAAAGUUUUUCGAAAAUUUUUUUUUAAGAGUAGGCCGCAAUUUGCUCACUCCGGGGUAGGAUCCGGCCGACGUAUGCUUUGAAGGCCUCUCUCAAGGGACCACUUCAAUGUCCAGCUUCAAGUGCUCCAACUGAACUCUUUGGCGUACUGUGGCAAGUUGGAGUUGUCCUCCGGAGGGCUUGUGCCUAAGUGGUUCUCGGAGGGACCAAAACGAUUCUCAAAGCAAUAGUCCUCCGAAGAACCACUCAAACAUACCACAGUAUCGAAAAGACCUCAAAUAAUCCGAUUUCUCUUUUUUUCUGACCAGGGAAUGGUCUCAGCUCACAGUGGGACUUCUGAAGGAAACCAUGUUUUUUAGAUGUCUAAAUUUUUGAAGGGUUUUUUGAAUUCCUCAAACUUUUUGUCGAACUAUUUCUCUUCAAUACAGAAGUUUCACUGUUUUUGGAAAUUUUCACUCGUAUUGCUUGAAUUGAUCUCUAAGGCUAAUUUUGUACGUUCCAACAAAAAAAAGUAUUUCGCACUUCAUACUUCAGAAGUUCAUGAAAACCAUUUCUAAGCUGCGAAAAUGUUUUUUUUUUCAUUGUCGGUUAGUCCAAAUUCCUACUUUCAGAUCAAUCACAGGCUUGCCCAGCAAAAGAGCGUCGGAAAAGGACGAUGAGAAAACUUUUCCCGCGUCUCAGCUCCUCGGCUACCUCGCAACAACUCGGUAUCUUUUUUAUUAUGGUUUUCAGUUUCCAAAAAAUAAAAAAACGUUUUUUUGGAUCAUCCGUCGCUUAGUUUCCUCUGUCACAAAAAAAGGAGUUGAAUACUUGAACCUCGGUAGCGCAAGCCAGACGCUCCCCGGACGUUUUCGAGCAUUUCUAGUGAUCCCAUUAGCAGCCCUCUUAAGUGUUCACUACAAUUGCUCAGAAACGUCCGAGGCAAGUCCGGUUCGCGUCAUCAAAGUCGAGAUGGAAAAGAAAACUGUGAUUUGAAGGUGAAGACUCGUCGACGGACUACCUGGUCCGGGCCGGACACCUGGUUGCAACUGCUCAAAGAGCCGAGGAAGAACACGCCUACGAACUUGCCUUCCAAUGCUACAAAAACGCGGCCAGAAGCCUCAUACAGGUGGGAAAAACUUUUUUUGGUCUGGUUUUAAAAGGUGCAUUGCUGUUUUAUAUGACCACGAUAACAUAGGAAACGCCUUUUGGUCUUGAGAAGUUUUUGAUUUUUUUUUCCCUAUUUAAGAUCCCACAGAUAAAAUGUUUAAGGAGCUUUUAUACCGGGCUUCUUAGAUACAAUUAUGAAACAAAGCAAAAAUCAGUUCUGAAAUACGUUUUCCACCUGUUUGUUUUAUAAAGAUUAGAUUCCGGUUGCAUUCAACUUGAGCAUCAAGGAAAAUAGAACAGAAUUAAUCAACAAUUUUCUCUUUAUCACUUUUCUCUCGUUCCAGGGAGUACAGUUGGAGAGUGAUAUGUUGCGAAGAAACGCGGUUCGCCGAAAAACCGCCAAAUACCUGGUCAAAGCCGAGAAACUCUACCAAACUUACUUGUCCUACGACGGUUCCGUGUUCAACGUCGAUUCUAUCCUCACCUCGGCCAUGCAGGUACUUUCUCGGAAAGGAAAAUGAAAAAAAAGCUUUUUUCUGCGAAGUUACACCUGAUUUCUCACCAGAUUAUCUGAGUUUACGUUCGAUCUUCAAAAGUUAGAGAACGUCCGAAAAUGAGAGGGAGAAGCCUUUUUUUUUCCCUCUGAACGCCCUCUUGUUCACCAGCACUCUCUAGCUUUCGAAAAUUCCAGCCCCGAAGAACCAAACGGAGACUCGUUUAUCCAUUCUUCCAGGACCCAAACAUUUUGGCUUUCCAAUGUGCCAACCAUUCACUGAAGAACUACCGAUUCCUUGGAGUUUUGCCGAGUUUGGACUCUUCCAGAAGAGUUCUUCUCGUCGAAGAAACUUCUUCUCGUAGGAUUUGCGUUCUUAAGAAUUUUCUAAGUGUCAUGUUUCAGUGAAGAAGUUUGUGAUAAAGCUGCUGGAAAAGGGUCCUCACGGAGUGGGAAGCAUCUUUCUGCCGACCAACGUUCCUCACAUGGUCCAGUUGGUCCAGUUCUUCGAGACCGACCAACAUAUCGUCCUUCUCCUGGAGCACACCGAACCGGGACGUCUUUGGCUCUUUUUGGUCAGUUUCGCCAGCACCUCAAACCUUCCAAUUGGUCAUUUUUGAUUUUUUUUUUUUUUUUGCAUCAAGCUUGGUAUUCAAGCUUUGAGAUUCAAUCGAGGUAAAGGCGUUAAAAUAUGUUUAAAAUUUGCUAAAGUAUCAAAUUAAAGAAAAAGUACCUCAUUUUCAGGUUGCUUCCAUGCGUUUACAACUAUUCAUGAAAAUAUUAUUCUUUUUCAUCAAAAUACGUUUUUUAAAAGCUUCACCUAUAAAGCUCGAUUUUCCAGAAAAUACAUUUUGAAAUGGAAAAUAUGUAAUUAUAACAUAAAAAAAGAAUACUCGUCUAGAAAAAUGGCCCAAGAAAAAAGAUUAUUUUUACUUCCUUUUUUCGACUCAUCUUUGUGAGGCAAGUCUUGUGAAGUAUACGGUGAAAUAACAAGAUUUUACAGCGUUUCUCAAAACUAACUCAAAUUAAUUUUGAAAAAGGCUCUUCGCAGCGAAAAUUUUAUGAGUUUUCUUAUACUCCACUAAAAUUUCUACUGAAUUGAAAAUAAUCGAUAUUUCUAACCUAUUCCAUCUUCCUUCAGAGUCGCUAUUUCUGUGAGGCUGAAAAACGGUUCCUCCUGUCGCUCAGUAAGCCCACAACGGAAGUUAGAAGCGGCGAGGUGGUCAAAAGUGUUCCGGCGCCAGUUCGAACAGACGAAGAACGACACGAUUAUUCCUAUCGGGGUCUGUUAGUCUCUAGUAUAUUCCUCCCAAUUUGAAAAAAAAAAUCAGGACGAAGAGUGCUAUUCACGGUUGGCGUUGAUUUUGAACGGGUGGCCGAGAUGUGCGACGAGAAUCAGAGUGUCAGUUUGUUCUGGACAAUCUUGUUUCUGAAAAAAAUAUAAUAUAAUAAUAGUUUUUUUAACCUCGAAGAUACUUACCUUAAUAGAGGAAGAAAUGGGAGAGUUAAUAUCGACCUUUAAGAAGGGUUGCCCAUAGAGAAAAGAAGGUCAUUUUUCCCAUUCAGACGGACGAUCCAACGUCAUCUGAUGGAAUCCUGUGCACGAUGGGCGAAGAUGCGACGGGAAGAGCUUACGCGCCAAGCGGCGAUUUCUACAUCGUCGGGAAAACUUCGGGCGACUCUGAAGGAGUUCUCAACGUUGCCGAGGAAUCUCCAGCCGCCAUACGUCUGUCUGACGCUUCUGCUGAUCAAAAUAUGGCUAUUGAGAGUCGGUUUUGCAUAUUUGGAGGUUUUCGACAUUAUUAGUUAGCUUUGAUGAAGUUGGGAUGUAAAGUUUAAAGCUCACUCUCACCAAAAAUGCUUUAUUAGCUGGUAGAACUUAUUUGCUGAAAAAAGUAGUUUGUCACCUUUCAAAUCUCUUCUUUUCUUUUAUUAAUGCAAAACGUUCGUAAUUUUAACGACUAUAAAAGGUGCAUCAAAAUAUAAAACUUUGAAAUUUGCCUUCCAAAGCCUUUUAUUUAUUAUUUUCUAACAGUAUGCAGUGAAUAAACUUAUGAUUUAUUUACUACUCCUGUACGAAAGAGGCUUUUGGAAGGCGAGUAAUAGCUAAUUCCGAAUCAACUUUGGCUUAUCUGCGACCACCAGAAGCUUUGCCCUCUCCUCAACUAUUUCGAUGUUUGCAAAACGAGUGAAAAGUAUUUCAGAAUCAAUGGCAAAGCAACUGGCGCUGGCUCUGCAAGACGUUCGCUACCACCUUUCUCUUCGCCGAAACUUUUGGCCUUCGAAAGUCGGGAAUAAAAAGAAGAAACUACUUUUCAGUGUUUACAGCACGACUUGCCUGAGUGUCUCGUAGUCCAUUGGUGUGCCCAGCUCGUCAGCUUCUUCUUCGUUCUGCACACGGAGCACCGCGAGUUUCUGGGGUACUUUCAGACUUUUUUUCGCGAACAAGAUGAAGAGGGGUACUAAGACACUACGCGAACUCGUAUUCACGAAUCGCGUAGUUCAAACUUUGGAGGUUUUCAGACCUAAACUUCUGCAUUUCUCCUAUUUUUGGCUGAAAAAAGUUUUUUAGUGUUUAUUAUAGUCGGAUCAUUCAAGGCACUUGUACUGGAACAGAAAAUAGAAAGCAAUCAGUAAUUUUUUCGAAUUUUCCUAAUCCUCCCAUUUUCUCCAAAUUUUUUCUCAGUUCUUUAUUAAGUUCAGCAGCUAUUCUCUCUUUUUUCAAGUAUUUCCAACUGAAUCUAUAAACCAUUAAUUUUUCACUUGGUCCGCGAAUACAAGUUCGUGUAGUCCCGUGUAGAAAAUGCAGACUACUCUCUCCAAAUUUAGCUUGACUAUAGCUCUAUAGAAUGAUUUAACUCGACUUUUAGACUUCAGUUUUCAUGCAGGCUCUCUUACAACUUAUCCUAGCUUUCUAUGAUCACUUUUCGACUUUUGUAAAAGUGUCAUAAUUUUCGAAUACCUGUUUACUAGGUCGGGUUGAAUUCAUCCCGUGUACCGUUAUUCUUUCUGAUUCAUACUUUAUUUAUGUAAAUGGCAUUGGAUGAAGUAUUAUUAUAAAGUCUUCUAGGGAUCUUCAACCGGAUGAUUUGCUCUUGGAUAGUGACGGGAACAUCCUGGUGACCUACCGAAGCCGUUGGUACGCCAAACAAGGCCAGCCGCGGCUCAUGGACGGCUACUCGGCUCCCGGUAAAGCCUCCCAUUUAAAGCAAGAGGGCAAAAUGCUGACGAUGGGUCACCCUCUAAGCCGUCCAUUUUUGGGACCCGAAACGGCUGCGCGAUAUUAAAAUUUUCUCAUCUUUAAACCUCUUCUCCUCUAAGAAAAUUUCAGAAAUCGAAAUCCUGAAAACCUUGUCAUAAUAAUGUCCUCUUCAUAUUUACUUUCUCAACCUUCAUAUUGAUUAAACACACUGAAUUUAACUAUAAAAAUCUAUUGAUUAAUAGACGAUAAAAAGAGUUCUAAGCAUCGGAACAAUGAACCGCAUUUUAGGAAUUUAUUUUACAAGUGACUUUGUGAAUUGAACUGACAAAGGAUUUGCAAAAGGUCAGACUCGGAGAGGUUUUCGAAACAUGACGGAGUGGACCGCAAUUAUUUUAAUAUAUUGAAAAAAGCUGUACCUUUCGUUUUUUUUUAAAUAUUUGUUAUCGUUACUCUUCCUGUAAUUUUUCUUGACAAGAUGAUAUCUUUUCCUUUUUCAUUUCCCCCAAACUCACUUCCUCACUCUAGAAUCCUUUGAAUACGGGUGGAAAGUCUCGGCGGAAAACGACAUUUGGUCUCUGGGAGCUCUCAUGUUCGAACUGAUCACCGGUCGAUCCUUGGCCAACGCUGCGCCUCACGGCGUUUUGAGGUUGGUCAAACCGCCGGAAAUGCUCAACCUGAACCAUUUCAGCAACGCCGAGUUGCCGUUUCCCGAGUACUCCAGAAUCAGCUUCGUCGCCAAGGAUAUCUUGUCAAUGUUGGUUAUUUUGCGAAAGUCAGCUCCUAGUCUUAGUUCAACUCAGAAUUCUUUUGAAUCUAAUACGAACUAAUAAAAUAAUUGGAAUUUCACAAGAGUUAUUUUCUAGGAAGUCAUUCCUCCUCCCAUUUGUCAAGACUUUUUGCAGCUAUCAAAUCAAAAAAUCAAAAAGUUGGUAUCUUUAGGAUCCUCACAACGGAAAUAGACCAACGUCCAUCUUUGGAUCGAAUUCGAAUCCAUCCAUUUUUCCGACACAUCGACUGGUCUUUGUACGACAAUCCAUCCUGGCAUUUCACAAAUGUGAGAAAAGUUUGAUGAAAAAAGUCUUCAAUAAACAAGUUUUUUCACAAAAACCCAGAGACUUUUACUAUUGAAUGAAAGUUGAGAUUCCCAUAUUUCGAAUCUAUUUCAGAGCUCCGGUUCUUCUCUCGACGUGAGGUUCCCCGUCGAUCCAGCCCCCCUGACACCCGCACUUCUUUUCGGUCAAGAAGAUUUAGAUGUUCUAGGACCUGAGUGA